AUGCGCCUUUGCGUAGAGCGAGCCAAACAACAUGCAUACAUAAAGCUCUGCGCUUCCGUUCUAUCGACAACAGAAGAAAUGCAGGCGCGCGCGCUGGGCACGGACCAUGUUAUAAUGUCUGAGACGAGCGCAGAAUCCCCUCGGGCACCCCUCGUCCGCCCUCCUUCUUCCAUCUCGGUGCUGGCGGAACGACUUAAGUGUUCGAACCUGCAGGACACUCCCUACGAUCUCGGCCUUGUGGAACCUGCCGAUCUCUCUCAGGCCAGAUUCAUUCCUCGUGCGCGACGUCCUAAGGCGGUCAACUUCACCAACGAGGAAGUGUACGACAUCAUCCCCAUAAAUCAGCAGCGAUCUGCCACUCCAUCAGAUGUGGAUGGUAGUUCGGCCACCUGCGACUCUGGUAAUGAGGACUCCUCCGAGAGUUGGGUUUGUGCUACGCUCGUCGAGUUGUGUGUGUGUAGGCGUACGCGCCCGAAUGCCCUAGCGUUUAGCGAGCUAGCCAACGCGACGCCCUCGUACAUGCAACCGUUGGUGUGCGUUGACGCCUGGCGGUCUAUUUGGCUUGCUGCCAAUGUGCGCGCACGCGCGCGCCUGCUUUGUCUUUGCCAACUCCUAACGCUUGCCCGUUUUUUCUCUCCCUCCUCGCCUCCCUCCUUCUCCUCUGCUUGCCCGCUACUCUCUCCAUCCCACCGUCGUCACCGCCUCAUCUGCAAAAAACAACUUAGGCCGGUUGUGCGUUUUCCCUCUCAUCAUCCUCCCGCGGCCCUGAAAAUAGUGAUGGGUUCUCGAUUGGGUCAAAUCAUCAUCCACCAACCCUACAACAUUGCCCACCGACUCGAAACAAAUGAGGAGAUACCCUCUCGAUAUCCGCCCUUGAAGCGCUCCUGUCGUUCGCAAAGCGCGAGCUCGAACCAAAAACUUGCAAGUGGCACCGGUUCUCGUAGGACCAUUGCCCGACCCAUUGCUCUCCGCAUCUCGCAAAGAGCCCUUUACUCGCCCGCUACGACUAAUGUCUCCACCACCGCCGUUACCGGCAUCAGUAACUCCGCACUCUCCUCCACCGCCUACGCACUUGUCGCCUCUGGAUGCGUCAAACUGCGAAAUGCAAACACCGCAGUUCACCAGCCCAGUUCGACCACCUCUCGCCUCUCCUGGCAUCAUCCGAUCGCUUCUGGCAACAGGCGCUACGUGAUCCACCCGGGACCUGCAGGCUGUUCCCGUCACAGCGUGGUAUUUGGAAGCACCGUGUCCGAGCUCGUUGGAGAUGUGAGGCUGCGCAAGCCACCUUCUCUUGCCUGUAUUUCUUCCUCCGCAUCAAAUGCGGGUGAUUUUAGCCACCAUCGUCUAUCCGCAUUUACCCCAACAACUCAGUCGCGGCGAAUGAGCCUGACCGGCGAUGAAGGUGAGUCGACAAACCCAAUCACUGCCUUCUCCCCCGAUACUAUCUCCUCACCCUGUGGUGGUAUCGCCGUACCAUCCUCCACAUCCCUCCCUCGUCCCACGGUUUCUGCCGCCUCCUCGGGCUUCUUCCAGGACAGCUGCAGUCUCUCACAUUCCUCCUGCAGCAGUUCAACCAACUCCGAUCAACACCCCACUCAGGUGGGAAACCUGAUACACCACUGCGGUCUUGUCAGUAAACCCAUGGACCUGAAGGUGUUGCAUUUUGAUGACUCAACAACCAGUCUUGCAGCUUUCGAGCACCAGCAGCAGCAACAACAGCUGCUUCUGCAGCAGCACCAUAGCUGUGCGAUGGAGGCGGCAAAACUGCGCUGUCAGUCACAGCCGGCAGAUGCAGGGGGUGCACCAACCUGCGUCUGUGGUUCGGUUGCCUCCACGGAGUGUCUCUCGCGCCAGGUGGGACUCAAGCGCCGCCGAUGUAGCCACGACGUGGGUCUAAUUUUUGAGGCCGACAGUGGCGCCUUUCUCUUCGGCUCACACCAACACACGGGCUCCUUUGACAGUGCGUCCUUCAACCCCGACGUCGCUGUCAUCAGCACCACUGUAGAGACUGCGAUGGUCGGCCAGGAAACCUCGGUUAGCCCCCUCCGCUUGCAGCAACAGCAACAGGGCCAAGCAGAUGUCUCUGUCUUCCCACAGGAUUCAGAAACCGCAUUUCUAAUGUCCUGUUGCCGAAAGGAGCUAUCCGGCCUUUCUGAAGCCAGUGAAGAAGAAGAAUCCAACGAGGCAACCCUUAUUCAACACCAAAACCAGUCUUGUUGCGCUUUGGAAGAGUACGACGCCGGAACUCUGACGCCGCCGCCCCAAACUCGUUUCCGUCCCAUUGCACCCUCGCCCUCAUCGGAGGAAGUGGAUGCAGAGGCGGACCACCGCCACAAUUCGUGUUCCACCGAGGGCUCUCCUUGCUCGUUCAAGGCCAACAGUGCGAACAUUGUGGCCUUCAGUGAUGACAGCGAUGAGGAUGAGGUGGACGAUGAGGAUUCCUUCGGAGGUAUUGCUCCAGGUCUGAAUCACCGACGAAGAUGCUCUCCCAUGCAGACAGAGGAGGUCUCUGCCUCGGCUGAGAAGUUUAGAGAGUUGGAUAUUGAUAUGAUUGAGCAGGAUUGA